AUGGGUAAGUGUUCACCACAUGAUACAGUUUACAAUGGAUGCACAAAGUCAUAUGACAUUUUCAAACUGCCACCUGUCAGCGUUAUAAUACCGUUUCGAGAUGAAAGUUGGAGCGUUCUUCUAAGAACUGUACAUAGUAUACUAGAUAGAACACCAUCAUACCUACUGAGAGAAAUCAUUCUGGUAGACGAUGGUUCAAAAAAGGUUUGGCUAGAACCAUUGUUGCAACAGCUAAAGGAAAAACCACGUGCUCUUGUGGUGCCAGUAGUAGAUGGGAUUGAUAAGGACACUUUCCAGUAUAAGAAGACUGAUCUAGAUCUAAAGAAAAAGCCUUUCGCAUUUUCAUUUGAUUGGCGUUUAAUGCAAACGAUUAUGCCAUUUAAAAGUGAAUACCUCUUAAGUAGAGAACAUUUUGAAGCUUCUCCUAUCAGACUUCCCAGUAUACAGGGUAACAUAAUUGUUGCAAACAAGACAAUUUUUCAAGAACUUGGUGGUAUGGAUACAGGAAUGCAUGUGUGGGGUGGAGAACAAAUAGAGCUUGCUAUUAAGUAUAUAACAUGUGGAGAUGGAAUAUAUAUGAUUCCCUGUUCGCACGUUGCUCAUCUUUAUCGACCUGUUCCUUGGCAUGCAGGGGAUACAAUGAUAUCAAAUGAAUACAGAGUUGCCGAAGUAUGGCUCGACGAUUAUAAACAAUUUGUAUUCGAACAGUAUGGUAAUUACUCGUACACAACAGGUGAUGUUGCUGAAAGAAAAAUGAUCAGAAAAAGGAACAAAUGUAAACCUUUUACGCAUUAUCUAGAGGUCGUGAAGGAGCUGAUACAUUUUUAUGUUCCCGACAACUUACAAGCUAGUGGAACGAUCAAACCUGCUUCACAGAACACAUCCUCCUUCUGUUUGGAUGCUUCCAGCUUAUCUUCAGUAACUUUACUUGCAUGUCACUACCAAAGUGGGAAUCAGGAUAAUACAAUUCGACACCGGAUCAGUAAGCUUUGUUUAACUAUAGUAAAUGAAACAAAAGUCAACUUACGGCAGUGUAUAGGAUCUGUAAAUCAGCAAUGGAUAUGGAAAAGAUUAAAAUAA